CUUAUCACUGUGACGUUUAGUUCUGUGACUCUCAAUGUCAUGUGUAGCUCCUUGUACGUGUCCUCCACAUUGCACUGUUACUCUGGAUCGUGGAUUAAACACUAUCUGCAUUGUCGACUUACAUGGAGCUACUAUUGUUUCGUGGAAAGUUAAUGACGAAGAACAAUUAUUUGUAAGCCAAAAUGCAGUAUAUGACUGUAAAAAAGCUAUAAGAGGUGGCGUUCCUAUAGUAUUUCCACACUUUGGGCCCUGGCCACUUGGUCCCCGGCACGGAUUUGCUAGAAUUAUUACAUGGAAAGUAGAAAAAGGACCUGUAAAAAGAGAUAAUGGUGAUAUUGAAGCUGUGUUUAGUGUUACUGAUCAAGACAGAACAAAAUCCCUGUGGAAUUUUGCUUUCAAAUUAACUUACACUCUGGUUCUGGGUGAGAAAACAUUACAAUUCAAAAUAGCUGUUCACAAUCCAAGUAAAAAUAAAGAAUUUACAUUUAAUUUGCUUUUACAUACCUAUUUUAAAGUUCAGAAUGUUCAACAGUGCAGUAUCUCAGGUCUCAAAGGCUGUAUUUUCAGAGACGACACAAAAAAUGGAAUAAAAUCUAAAGAAAAUAGAGAAACUGUAACUAUUACCGAAUUUGUAGAUAGAGUUUAUGAAGACGCUCCUGCACAACAGUUUUUAAUUAAAUCUCAAUUGUCCAAAAUUAGAAUACAAAAAUUAAAUUUUCCAGAUACUGUAGUCUGGAAUCCGUGGAUUGAAAAUUCUAAGGCAAUGGAUGAUUUUGGAGAUGAAGAAUACUUACAAAUGGUAUGCGUUGAAUCGGGACAUGUUAGUGAACCUGUCAUUUUACGGCCUUCUAUUACUUUUGAAGCUGGUCAAAUUUUAGAGCUAUUAAAAAGUGAGGAUCAAAUUACUUUGUUACCCGUAGGCAAGCAAUGACUUAUAAUUGGAGAAGGUUCUUACGAUAAAGCAUAUGCAAAAACAGGUGCAUCAGCUAUAACUUUCUUUUUUUUUAUAUGUUUAUUUUCGAUAAAAAUAACCACAUUUUUUUCACUAGAUCCGUGUAUAAGCCAUUGUAUUAGAGAUUUUGUAAAUUUUAAUAAAGUUUAUUUUAUCAUU